GACACGUGUGGGCUCCUCAACAGCUGAAAGACCCUUUUGUGUUCAGCUAAGUGACCUUCAGAAAGGAGAGGUGCAGCCUUCCUCUGGACAUCUCCACUUCUCCCAAGUUAGCCUGGCCUGCUGGACUUUGUGCUUGACUUGCAAAGAUGCCUCUUCAGCUGGCUUCUUCCAGAUGAAUGAAUGAAUGAUUACACUAGGCGUGGUCCACACUUCCUCUGGGGUUCUGGUUUUCAGGAUCGUUUCGUGGACUCACUGCCCGCUCCUGUUCACCAUGCUGCCUUGCCCCCAGGACCCCGUCAAGUCGAGUGACCAUUGACCUCCCCCAGGGCACCAACCAGACUGCAGGUUACAAUGGGGAACUCCGAGAGUCAGUACACCCUUCAAGGAUCAAAAAAUCAUAGCAAUACUAUUACUGGUGCUAAGCAAAAGCCUUGCUCCCUGAAAAUCCGUGGCCUUCAUGCAAAAGAUGACAAGUCCUUGCACGCAUGGGGUCACGGAAGCAGCGGAACCGGUUACAAGUCCAGGUCCCUGGCCCGAAGCUGCCUCUCUCAUUUUAAGAGCAAUCAGCCUUAUGCCUUCCCACUGGGUGGACCCACGUGCAAAGUGUCCAAAGGCAGCGCCUACUCCAAGCACAGGACGAGCGCCCCGGGAACGGAUUUCCAGGGCGGCGACGCUGCUUUCUCCCUCGAGAACGGCUUCCACUAUGUUGGGCGCGCACCGGCGGGUAACCACGCGGCCCCCAGGGACUGCAACGGGCACCUCCUCAACUGCUACGGCCGGCCCGAGAGCGCGGCGUCCACGCCGCCCGGCGAGGACCGCAGGAGCCCCCGGGUGCUCAUCAAGACGCUGGGCAAGCUGGACGGCUGCCUGCGGGUGGAGUUCCACAGCGGCGGCGCGCACGGCGCGGGGCCCGCGGGGGCCUCGGGCGGCCCGGUGCAGCUGCUGCGCUACUCGGCCGGCUCCCCGCCCAGCCCCGGCGCCUCGCCCGCCGCCUCGCGCCCGCGCUCCAGCAAGGGGAGCUCGCUGAGCUCUGAGUCGUCCUGGUACGACUCGCCCUGGGGCCCCGCCGGCGAGGCCAGCGAGGCCGAGGGCUCCUUCGCGGCGCCCGGCACCCCUGAGCCCGAGCCCGAGCCCGAGCCCGGCCUCCACGCCCGCUUCCCGCCCAGGGAUGCCCCCAAGCCUUUCAGCCAAAGCGCCUCCCUCUCGUCCCUCCGGGAACCCUACCCGGACGCCACCCUGGGGAGCCUGGCCCCCUCGGCCCUGCGGCUCUCCGAUGACUUCGUGGGCGCACGCAGCAGCCUCAGCGCCCGCGUCUCCUUCGCCUCCGACAUGGACGUGCCGGCGCGGGUGGAGCGUGGGGAGCCCGGGCAGUUCGCGUCCUUCACCCUCCCCUGCCGCAAGUCCAGGGCUCUGGGCGAGGAGCCUUCCAAGAAGGACACCCUGAAAGCCAGGAUGCGCCGCAUCAGCGACUGGACGGGAAGCCUCUCCAGAAAGAAAAGGAGACUCCAGGAGCCGAGGUCCAAGGAGGGCAGUGAUUACUUUGACAGCCGCUCGGAGGGGCUGAACGCGGACACGCAGGGGCCCUCCCUGGCGCCUGCGUCCCUGUGGUCAGGGGGCUCGGCUCAGAUGCUAUCCCACAGAAGCGAAUCUGCUCACGUGGUUGGCAGCGACCCCCUGCAGCAGAACAUCUAUGAGAACUUCAUGCGGGAGCUGGAGAUGAGCAGGACCAACACCGAGAACCUCGAAACGUCUACAGAGACCGCCGAGUCCAGCAGCGAGUCGUUCAGCUCCUUGGAGCAGCUGGAUCUGCUCUUUGAGAAGGAGCAAGGGGUGGUCCGCAAGGCCGGGUGGCUCUUCUUCAAACCCCUCCUCACUCUGCAGAAGGAGAGGAAGCUCGAGCUGGUGGCGCGGAGGAAGUGGAAGCAGUACUGGGUGACCCUUAAAGGAUGCACGCUGCUGUUUUACGAGACCUACGGGAAGAAUUCCAUGGAUCAGAGCAGUGCCCCUCGGUGUGCUCUGUUUGCAGAAGACAGCAUAGUGCAGUCCGUCCCAGAGCAUCCUAAGAAGGAAAAUGUCUUCUGCCUCAGCAACUCCUUCGGAGACGUCUACCUUUUCCAGGCCACCAGCCAGACAGAUCUGGAGAACUGGGUCACUGCCGUCCACUCGGCCUGCGCAUCCCUUUUUGCCAAGAAGCGUGGCAAAGAGGACACGGUUCGGCUCCUGAAGAACCAGACCAGAAGCCUCAUUCAGAAAAUAGACAUGGACAGCAAGAUGAGGAAGAUGGCGGAGCUGCAGCUGUCCGUGGUGAGCGACCCAAAGAACAGGAAGGCCAUCGAAAACCAGAUCCAGCAAUGGGAGCAGAACCUGGAGAAAUUUCACAUGGAUCUAUUCAGGAUGCGCUGCUAUCUGGCCAGCCUGCAAGGCGGGGAGUUGCCGAACCCCAAGAGCCUCCUGGCUGCCGCCAGCCGCCCCUCCAAGCUGGCCCUCGGCCGGUUGGGCGUCUUGUCAGUUUCCUCUUUCCACGCUCUGGUAUGUUCUAGAGAUGACUCUGCUCUCCGGAAAAGAACUCUCUCACUGACCCAGCGAGGAAGACACAAGAAGGGCUUAUUUUCUUCAUUAAAAGGGCUGGACACACUCGCAAGAAGAGGGAAGGAGAAAAGGCUGUCUGUAACUCAGAUAUUUGAUUCAAGUGGCAGCCAUGGAUUUCCUGGGACUCAGCUACCUCAGAACUCCACUAGCUCCAGUGAGCAGGUGGGUGACCUGCUGCACGUAUACGGGUCGGCAGUAGACGGUGUUCCCCGAGACAGCACGUGGGAAAGCCAGGCUGACGUUCACUUCCAGGACCAUCAAGCGGUAACUGUGAUGAUCAAGCCAGAACACAGAGUGGAAGACGUUCUGACUUUGGCGUGCAAGAUGAGGCAGCUGGAACCCAGCCACUAUGGCCUUCAGCUUCGAAAAGUAGUAGCUGAAAACACUGAGUACUGUAUCCCUGCGCCGUAUGAAUACAUGCAAGACCAGGUUUAUGAUGAGAUAGAAGUCUUCCCACUGAACGUCUAUGACGUGCAGCUGACGAAGACCGGGGGCGUUUCUGACUUCGGGUUUGCAGUGACAGCGCAGGUGGACGAGCGGCAGCAUCUUAGCCGCAUAUUUAUAAGUGACGUUCUCCCUGACGGCCUGGCAUAUGGGGAAGGGCUGAGAAAGGGCAAUGAAAUCAUGACCUUAAACGGGGAAGCCGUGUCUGAUCUUGACCUCAAGCAGAUGGAGGCCCUGUUUUCUGAGAAGAGUGUCGGGCUCACUCUGAUCGCCCGGCCGCCGGACACCAGAGGGACUCUCUGCUCUUCCUGGUCAGACAGUGACCUGUUCUCAAGGGACCAGAAGGGUCUUCUGCCCCCUCCUAACCAGUCCCAGCUUCUGGAGGAAUUCCUGGAUAACUUUAAAAAGAAUACGGCGAAUGAUCUCAGCAAUGUCCCUGACAUCACAACUGGCCUGAAAAGGAGUCAGACAGAUGGCACGCUGGACCAGGUUUCCCACAGGCAGAAGAAGGAGCAGACAUUCCGGAGCGCUGAGGAGAUCGCGGUGCUGUGUGGUUUUAACGACACCCAGACCAACGGCAUGGAUGGACCAAGGGAGAGUCAGGACCCGCCCCCGAGGCCGCUGGCUCGCCACCUCUCCGAUGCCGAUCGCCUCCGAAAAGUCAUCCAGGAGCUCGUGGACACGGAGAAGUCCUAUGUGAAGGAUCUGAGCUGCCUCUUUGACUUAUACUUGGAGCCACUUCAAAGCGAGACCUUUCUUACCCAAGAUGAGAUGGAAUCACUUUUUGGAAGUUUGCCAGAGAUGCUUGAAUUUCAAAAGGUGUUUCUGGAGACCCUGGAGGAUGGGAUUUCAGCAUCGUCUGACUUUAACAUACUUGAAACCCCCUCGCAGUUUAGAAAACUGCUGUUUUCCCUCGGGGGCUCAUUCCUUUAUUACGCGGACCACUUCAAACUGUACAGCGGGUUCUGCGCCAAUCACAUCAAAGUGCAGAAGGUUCUGGAGCGAGCUAAAACUGACAAAGCCUUCAAGGCUUUUCUGGACGCCCGGAAUCCCACCAAGCAGCAUUCCUCCACGCUGGAGUCCUACCUCAUCAAGCCGGUGCAGAGGGUGCUCAAGUACCCGCUGCUGCUCCGGGAGCUCGUGUCCCUGACAGACCACGACAGCGAGGAGCACUACCACCUGACAGAAGCACUCAAGGCAAUGGAAAAAGUAGCAAGCCACAUCAAUGAGAUGCAGAAGAUAUAUGAGGAUUACGGGACGGUGUUCGACCAGCUGGUGGCAGAGCAGAGCGGAACAGAGAAGGAGGUAACAGAACUUUCAAUGGGGGAACUUCUGAUGCACUCUACAGUUUCCUGGUUGAAUCCGUUUCUGUCUCUAGGAAAAGCCAGAAAGGACCUGGAACUCACAGUAUUUGUUUUUAAGAGAGCUGUCAUAUUGGUUUAUAAAGAAAACUGCAAACUGAAAAAGAAAUUGCCCUCGAAUUCCCGGCCUGCACACAGCUCUGCUGACCUGGACCCGUUUAAAUUUCGCUGGUUGAUCCCCAUAUCCGCACUUCAAGUCAGACUGGGGAAUACAGCAGGGACAGAAAGUAAUUCCUUGUGGGAGCUGAUCCACACGAGGUCAGAAGUAGAAGGACGGCCAGAAACCAGCUUUCAGCUCUGCUGCAGUGACAACGAAAGCAAAACCAACAUCGUCAAGGUGAUUCGAUCUAUUCUGAGGGAGAACUUCAGGCGUCACAUCAAGUGUGAAUUCCCUCUGGAAAAAACAUGCAAGGAUCGCCUGGUACCCCUGAAGAACCGCGUUCCUGUCUCGGCCAAACUAGCCUCGUCCCGGUCCUUAAGGGGCCUCAAGAACUCCUCCAGCAGCGAGUGGCCGGGCGAGCCGGGCAGGGGCAGCUCGCUGGACUCGGACGAGGGCAGCCUGAGCAGCAGCACCCCGAGCAGCGGCUGCCCGGCGGCGGGGAGCCAGCCGGAGCCCGGGAAAGGCCCGCAGGCCAGCCUGGCCGCCUUCCCGGACGGGCUCAUCAAGGAGAGCGACAUUCUGAGCGACGACGACGAGGACCAUCACCAGCCCCGCGGGCGCGGCAGCCCGACCAAAGACAUCGAGAUUCAGUUCCAGAGACUGAGGAUCUCCGAGGACCCCGAUGCCCCUCUGGCUGACGGGCCACCCAGCAGGGACGGCCAGCCCGGGGGCCCGCAGUCCAAGCUGGUCCGGGGGCACUUCUGCGCCAUCAAACGGAAAGCCAACAGCACCAAGAGGGACAGGGGGACACUGCUGAAGGCGCAGACCCGGCACCAGUCCCUGGACAGUCGGUCUGAAAACGCCAACCUUGAUCUCAAUGCUGUUCUCGAGCGAGAGUUCAGUGUCCAGAGUUUAACAUCGGUUGUCAACGAGGAGUGUUUUUAUGAGACAGAAAGCCAUGGAAAGUCUUAGUACAGUUUCAACCCAGAUGUGGGCUAAAUUGCUGGUUUCACUUUUAAACUAGUGGUAAAAUGGAAAUUGCAGAAAAACUAGUCAUUAUUGGGUUUUAUGCAGUAUACAUUUUCCCACAAAUACUUGUAAAGAGUUAAGUUAUUUUAAUUUAUUGUGGAUCAGAAAACUAGAUUAAACUGGUCAGAAUUUGUAAAUUAGUUUAUAUCCCUUUUGAGCAGGUAUCAAAAUGACUUAGACUCCUUAAAAUAAAACCGCUUUCUAAUUAAUUUAAUUUAUGUGGAAAAAGGUGGGGAAGGUGUGAUUAUUAGCUUUUAAAAGGUCAUUUUUUCCCCCCGAUCCUCUGGGCAUUUUCUUUGAGCUGUUGGGUUUGCUUUAUUUAAAGCAUAUUUAAAUUAUUCUAAUGUGGGUUUGGGGUACAAAUGCAGAUACUUCAUUUUUGUAAGGUUGUAAUAGACGCUGUUUAUACGAAAACAUGUCAUAUCUAUGCAGUAUAUAUAUUAAAAGGAAGCUUGUACUGUAUCUUAUUUGAUGAUGUUUAUUCUCUUUACCAAGCUGUGCCGUAAGAGGGAAGCCAGUCACCUCCGGUGAGCGUGCACACGAGCAGUUCGGCUUGUGAAAAUCAGCACUCAGCCGGCUGCUAGCCCUUGCAGCAGCAGCCGGGGUCUGCACCUCUCCUUGUCACCUUAUUUUCUGAUUUUUGCUUGAGUUCUUCUCUGAAAUUGUAAGCAAAGAGGUGUGGGUCGUCGUCACACAUUUUCCGGUACACGUCACAGAGGCUCUUAAAGUGGGAGACAGAGAGCUGGAUGGGUCGAAGAGUGGGGUCCACGUCUGCCAACUGUAGCAGUUUUCCAGUGCUUUCUAAGCGCUGAGCUUCAGGGAACAACAUUCUGAAAGGAAGAGGGAAAGAAAUCAGAACUUAAAUCUUACAAGUCAUGAUGCUUCCUUUUCCCCUCAUUUGAAAAUGACGUGGUUCUGACGACUGGCACCUUCUUUGGGGAGAGGAAGAGCGGCCUCGGCGGCGUCCCGGGGACGCAAGUCGGCACGAAGGCCUCCGGUCACACAGCCGGGCGACGGGUACGACCAACCGCUGACAGCAGAGCUAAUCUGACCUGCAAGGUGUGGCCACACACGAGAUGUUUUCUAAAGCUAAAUCGGUACAUGUAUCUUUAAGUCUCAGAGGCUCCACAGAGCUCGUCCCAAAGGGCUUAGAAGACGUCAUGGCAAGUGGAGGCCGAGUUUCUCUUACAGGCCGAUGGGCCUCUCAACCAAGAACUGCACGCCCACCUUUCCAGGUGGCAGUCCAGGUUUGUCUGUCCCAGGAUCUGAACUACGAGUAACACUUGUAAGAUAGCUUGAAGAAUCAUAAAAACAAAGCUCUUACUCUCUGAAGGUGACUGAGGACCUUACAAAGCAUGCAAAGCGUCCUUACCUGAGCCCUUGAUGGCAGUAUUUCCUUCGGAACUGAAAAACGUUCUGAACGACUUUCUCCACCAGCUUGAACGGCUGCUCUAUCCUGGGCCGAGUCAGGGGGGUGAAGUGCACCAGCCCCACGUCCACCUUCAUGGUCAGAAGACACACAUCAUUUUAUUGCCUCACAUGACGUAUUACAACCACAUCUUCGGAAAGCACAGGAGGACGGGUCCUCGAGAGCACGGUUUUCACACACGAGCCUUUACGUGGAACUUCAGUUCCACCUUCUCUAGGCCUGCAGGACGCUCCCCCGGGACCUGAGCUGACUCAGAACCGCAGUGGGUCGCACCUGUGCCACGACGACAUCCGCCAGACCCGUGCUUGAUGAGCGUGGCACUGGAGAGCGCGGUUUUAAAACGGCCUCUUAGGAUCAAGCCACAUCAUCAGUAAGGUCCGCAGGCAGACAACAGACAGCAUUAGAAUAUUUUAUUUAGCUUCUGAGUAAGUGAAAAAUAAGCUGCAGCAGUUCUGACGGCGAGGCUAGACUUCCAGAGGGAGACAAGGCAGAGGGGCCCCAAGGGACCACUUAGUGCCAGACUCCCCAGGAAGGGAAUCAGUUAGGAGACAGACACUGACCAGUGAGCUGGACUGAAUCCACGACUGUCGUCUGCACAGCUACAUAGCUUUCUGGUAGCAACUUUAAAUGCCCCAAGAGGCACAGGCAGGAUCCAAAGAGAAUGGAAACCACCAAAAAUAUUACUAUUGUGAGGGUUAAACUACUACCAGCGGUUGAGAUUCUUUUAUCAGAAAAUAAAAAAUUCUCAGGCAUAUCUGAUUAAGGGAUUUAUACCCUGCCUUAUUCUAAAGAUGGACUCACGGUAAUUCAGAAGGAUACGUUCAAAAUAACAGAGAAACACCGAAAGACUAAGGGAGAAAUGGGGUCAAAGCAGUUAUCACACACACACACACGAAUGCUGGGCAGAGACUGUGGUCUAGGAAUGGGAUGUCUAUUCGCUAUUUUCACUUCAGUCCCUAAAGGAUUAUUGUAAACUUGCCACUUGGACGUUUGCAUAUGAUGCUAGCCCCGGACUGUCUCCGGAAUCCCAGGUGUGCCCACUAAUGUGCCCGUCUUCCAUAAACUCCUCUGUUAAAAUCCGCAUUGAAAACACUCUGCAGCCUCAGGAGGUGCAGCAGCUGAAGCUGGGCUGUACCUGGGCUUUCCAAAAGCUGUUCCGUAUUUUAAAAUUCCAUAGGGGGUCACCACGUUGCCUUGAGAGGACUUGCUUCUAAAGAUCCCUGUGGCUACAAAACUCCUUAAAACUGGCCUGUAAUGUAUGAGGAUGGGGAAGUUUUUGUUUUGUUUUUGUUUCUAGGUUGGAGGAAAAAUAUGUGCAUAUGACAUGAGACUGUGCGGACAAGAAAGAGACAAAGACCAAAGACGUGCCCCACAUCAGGCACCCGGGAGGGGCCUCUCCUGCGGGGUCUGAGCCGCCAGGCUGCACCCCCCUCCCCCAGGGUUUCAGAUGAGCCACAGCUGCACCCACUGGAUGUCACUAGAAGACGAAGACCUGGUGCCGGGGCGGAAUGGCUGGCGGAGGCUACAAGUGUUCUAAGCAGCAGAGUGAAAACUGCCAGUGGAGAGGCCUUUCGACCUGAAAAUGCUCCCCCGAAUGUGCAACAGCCUUCAGACCAUUCUAGUGAGGACUAUACGCCUUUGCUGGAAUAGCUGUUAUUCCACUGUGGAGAGUGACCAUCUCAACGUUCUUAUUAAAUUUUUAUAGUUUUUCAAAUUA